AAAUUUAAUUUAUUUUUACUUUCGAUAAACUAUAAAUUUCGUUUAUUUUUGUUUCUUACAUCUUUAAAUAGUAAAUUUUCUUUUUUUUUUUGUACCAAAAUCUAUUUAAUCAUUCCAAAUAAAAUAAAUAAUAAUUGUUGUAGCACACUUUAGAAAUUAUUUAUCUAGCGCUGGCAACACGGAGAUAGUUUACAAAGUCCCGCAGAACAAAACGUCAAAAGCAGCUGAUUUACAGCGUGGCACAGAUGCUACAAAAUGUUUUGACAAACAAUAAAAUUUCCUCUAAGUGAAAACUCUUAAAAUACUAAAUUAACUGCAUAAAAUAUAAAUUAUUAAUGAAAAUCGCAUGUAAACGCCUUGCCUAAGUUUAAUAACAAUUUAAAUGUAUUGAAAAUCACUAUUGAGUUGUUUUAAUGUAUUAGUAAUCGGUCCAGAUUAUUCGGUACAUGCUACUGUUUACAAAUUUACAGCACCAGCAACAACAUUGGCAAUGAGAAAUACACAGUCAUCAUUUUCGUGAGAUUAGACUAGGCAUUCCAGUUAAUUGUGAUAUACGAUGGAGCAAUUCGGUGCAAAUAUGACACAUUUAUAAGAUAAAAUCUGCCGAGCAUGGGCGCUACAACAAAAUACUCAACUAAAGUACAACAUUUCUUUGGCUUAUAAGAGAUUCUAAAAGCAUCCAACCCACCCGCAUUCUGUCCAGCAGCCCUAUAUUUACACAUACCAUAACUAUUUUAGAUAAACAUGUCCAGUACAAAGACACAACGUCAAGGUCGUUGGUAUUUCGGUGGUAUUGCCAGUGCUGGUGCCGCUUGCUGUACACAUCCGUUGGACUUGAUAAAGGUGACGCUGCAAACACAGCAGGGCAAAUUGUCUGUGUUACAGCUAACCGUUAAAGUUGUGCGGGAGCAAGGUGUUUUGGCACUCUACAAUGGCUUGUCUGCUUCCGUCCUUCGUCAAAUGACGUACUCAAUGACGCGUUUCGGUAUUUAUGAAUCAGGGAAGCAACAAAUCAAUACCGAUACAUUCCUCGGCAAAAUCACUCUAGCAGGUUUGGCCGGCACUGCUGGUGGUAUUGUUGGCACACCCGCUGACAUGGUGAAUGUACGUAUGCAAAACGAUGUCAAAUUGCUGCCAGAACAGCGCAGAAACUACAAAAACGCGAUCGAUGGUUUAAUCAAAGUAUAUCGCCAUGAAGGAUUCACACGGCUAUUUUCGGGCGCUACCACUGCCACGGGCAGAGGAGUUCUUAUGACAAUUGGUCAAAUAGCAUUCUACGAUCAAAUCAAAGCAAUGCUGCUCACCACACCCUACUUCAAGGAUAAUUUGGCAACACAUUUCAGUGCCUCAUUGGCUGCUGGCGCUAUUGCAACCACUUUGACACAGCCACUGGAUGUGCUAAAGACACGUUCCAUGAACGCUAAACCUGGCGAAUUCAAGGGCUUAUGGGAUAUUGUCAAGUUCACAGCGCGUUUGGGCCCGCUCGGCUUCUUCAAGGGUUACAUACCGGCAUUUGUACGCCUGGGUCCACACACAAUUAUCACGUUUGUUUUCUUGGAACAAUUGCGUUUAAACUUUGGCAUUUUGCCAAAAGUAGAGGCUUCUGUCGUGGCUGCACAAUAAACACAGGAAAUACAUAGACGCGCACACACACACGCACAUACUAUGUGCAUGCACACAUCACAUUGCUGCUAAACACAAGCUGAGAGCUACUCGACAAAUGUAUAGAACAAAAAUUAAACUAUAAAUGCACUACAAGCAACUAUUACUAUUUAUAUACAAUAUACAUGUGUACAUUUGUAUGUAUGUUUCUAGUACACAAUAUUUUACCUUGGACAAAAUGCAAUAAGUGUCAGUCAGUUGAUGGUCAAUGAGUUUGAUAUAUAAGGUAUAUAAGUAUAAAUAAUAGUAAUUUUGCAUUUAGAAUGCAUUGUGCUUAAUUGAAUACCUAAGCGAAAAUUUUAGAAACAUUUACAGCCGCACAGCAAUGGCACUAAGCAUAAUUAUAUUGAAAGUCACAAGAGUUAUAUACAUAUUUGCUAACGCAAAGCAUUUUUCUUUUUGUAAUUUUCCAUGCUUUCAAAAUAUGUAUAUAUAUUAUAAUACGAACUAUGAAUGUCUAAAUGUUUGGUAAAUUUUAGUAUAAAGUGAAUGCUUUCUUGUAAACCAGUUGCGGUUUCAACGCUUAUGUGUGCAUACAAACAUAUAUAGAUACAAAUGCAAAGAAUUGUUAUUAUAUUUGGAAUGCAAUAUACCGUUAUUAAACCUAUUUUACCUUUAGAAUGAUUCGUAUUAAAUGCAACGGCUAACAGUAACUGACAUUCCUAAUUCAUAUAAAUACUAUUGUAUUUGCAAAUAUGUAUAUGUAUAGGUAAUAUGUAGAUGUAUUACUUUUAAGUGCAAAAUAUUAGCAAACAGAAAUUAUUUAGCCAAUUAGUUAAUAAAAAUAUAUGCUUAACCGCACAUUAGGCUUUGCCUUU